GUGGCGGCUGUUUCAAGAUGGCGGCGGCGGCCGCCGGUGAGGGUGGAGGUCCUCGCUGGAGCCGUGGCCGUGGCCUUUCUGAUGAAGAAGAGCCAAUGGUACCUGUUUCAGGAGUGUCUACAAAAGGAAAUUUAAAAACAAGCUGUUUGCCAAAAUAUCAGACAAGUCAAACUGAACUCAAGGUGCCUGUAGCUGUUGCUUCUGUUUCCAUGGAUCCGGAUAGAAGUGUGGGAGAUCUGACAGGGCAGCAGGUCACUAAUGAAGGAGGAAUGAAGAGUGCUUCUUUAAAGGAUUUGUGUCCUGAGGACAAGAGACGCAUUGCAAACUUAAUUAAAGAACUUGCCAGGGUAAGUGAAGAAAAAGAGGUGACAGAAGAACGGCUGAAAGCUGAACAGGAAUCAUUUGAGAAGAAGAUCAGACAGCUAGAGGAACAGAAUGAACUUAUCAUCAAGGAAAGGGAAGCUCUGCAGCAGCAGUACAGAGAAUGCCAAGAACUUUUGAGCCUUUAUCAGAAGUACCUAGCUGAGCAGCAGGAAAAACUAUCACACUCCCUUUCUGAACUCAGUGCUGCCAAGGAAAAGGAGCAGAAGUUAUCCAGUAAGAAGAUCUCAUGCCAGCAGCCAUCUCUUGAGCUAGAUGGCUCCUACCUGGGUGUUGGGGGACCUUGGACUCUUCAUAAGAACUGCAGAGCACCAAAGGCUGGAAGCCCAGCCUGUGUUGCAUUGUCUCAGCCUUGCAGGAAUAACCCCCAUUACAGGACUGAAAUCCAUUGCAACCAUCAGGAGUGUCUGAAGGAAUAUAUGAUGGAAAAUGACUUGCACAGAAAGUGUAACAACACUGUGAUUUCCCCAGCCAAGCAGAGGAGCCCUCACCAUGUAAAACAAGCUCAGGAGGUGGACCAGAAAGCAAAUGAAUUUCAGAGCACGUGCCCUCAGCAAGUGAGUCAUGGUUGUGCCUGCAGGCAUGUAGGGAGCUCAGGGAGCAUGGAAGAGAGCCGCUAUGUCAGCCAGGUACUUAGAAAACACUCUGGGCCAGUACACAAAACCUGUGAUCAUUCCAGGCACUCUCGAGGUUUUGGGCAGAAUCACAGCGCGGACUCGGGGCCUAAGGAAACGGAGCUGGCUAAAAGCUUGCAGGAAGAAAGAAGGCAGAGGCUGCUUCUGCAAAAAAUGGAGCUGGAAAUCGAAAAGGAACGACUCCAACAUUUAUUGACUCAACAAGAAGCAAAACUGCUCCUAAAACAACAGCAACUACACCAAUCCCGUAUGGAUUAUAACAGGAUUAGAGGCCACGUCCCUGGCUCAGAGGAUGUGCCCAUUGCUGAAGCACCCGGAGAACUUGCUCUGAUGAUGAACGGCAGCAGCAUGGGGCUGAG